UUCUAUAGCAUUUUCAUAUUCACGUCUUUCACAUUCAAUUUCCAAAAUGGGAGACAGUUCUAGCAGAGACGGUUCUAGCACAUUUCCUUCUGUAACGAAACUGUUGGUGGCGGCGGGAGCAGCAGUGGUGGGCCUGGGGGUGGGCCUGGCGGUCAUAGCCGGUCAGAUGGGAAGCGAGAGUAACGCUAAUGGGGAGAACAAUAAUGAGGAGCGUAUGAUGAAAGCUCCGGGCGGAGGGGGCACCUACAUGCCAAGGAAGCCGUUUGAAGACGAUCCCAAAGGCUACUUUAGAGAUCUGCGUGCUGGAAAGAAAGGGUAGUGAGUAAAUCUAUCCCAGUAGGAGUGAAUGUUAAGUUUCUGCCUGGAUAAAUAAACAACCCUCCUUACCAUGUUCUGUCUUGUAAAAAAAGUUUGUUCUUGUGGAUCAAUUACCUAAGAAUCUAUUUUCAUAAUAGAAAUGCGUUUUAUUA